UAUAUAUGUUUUUUUCCUCAUCAUGACGUAUUUUUGGACUGAUGCGACUUAUACUCAGGUGCGACUUAUAGUCCGAAUAAUACGGUAUUCAGUUUCAUUUUAUGGAAAAAAGAAAGGCGCGUAGCUAUGACAUUCUGUUAUAUCAGGGGUUUUGAUUUAAUCUUAGAUGUGAUGGGCCCCCAAAUGAUCAUCUUUGUGGUUGUGACCCCCAUCCUAGAAUUUAAAAAGAAAGCUAUAUAUUUUCAUGCAUAAAGACAAUUUACAGUGUGAAAAAUACACAAUAUAUGUAAAAUAUUAUUUGGAAAACAUUUCAUUACAUUCCAUUUUUAUUUUUUUCUUUGACAUACUAUAGUACUGUACUCUUUAAGUAAAUCCAAUGCGUUACAAUUUCAUAGUUUAGGGUGAACAGAUUUGCAUUCAUUUCUUUAAUGAUGUAAAUGGUAAUGGCCCUAAUGAUGUCAUUUCUGGACAGUACCAGGUAGUGUAUGGACAGAAUGCCGUCUCCAGGCUCCACGAGACCAUCCUUUAAGAGGACUCUCAGUGUGAUGCCUCUCCUGGUCAGGAGGGACCCCCUCCCAGAGGAGGCCCUAAGGUCUGCAUCUUCGGCCCCGCUCAACUCCUCAUCCUCUUCAUCCGCUCCUUCCUCAACCAUCUGAGGAGAUGAGGGUGGCUCUGAGCCUUAAGACAAUCAACAGAUAGAAACACUGAAUAUAUACAUGCAAGAAUACAUCAUGCAUAUUUAUUAAGAACACUUUAAUAUUAAUGAGAUGAAGUCUCACCUUCAUUUAGGCUUACCCGUCCUUGUCAUUUAGGCUACUCACCUUUAUAAAUUAGCGGUGUUUGGGGUGGCAGUCUCUCCAGCACUGGGAGGAUGGAGGUGUUUUGCAUUUCUGUUAAAACGGAAAUUGGAUGACAUGGUUUGCAAUUUGUGAGUUUAUAUCAGUUUAGAUACAGUUUCUAAUGGCUCUGGACCACGGUCAAAUGAGAAGAACUGGGACCCAGCAGUGGACAGAUGGUUUCAAUGGGGAAUAUACGUAAACGUUAUAAGAUUUACGGUAAUGAAUGGAACGCAGUGUCUGAUUCUGACCGCUAGAUGUCGUCGUUCUUUGAAAUUUUCAAUAUAGCGUGGAAAAAUACACUUCAUAUUGAAAAACUGUUAACACACAUUUAAUGAAAAUGAUCAGCAGAACAGCAAAAUCACCAUUGCAUCAGCCCAAACCUGAAAUGUUUAAGAAAAAAAGAUACUCUGAGCACACACUGUUUUUAUUUUAAACAAUAUAAUCAUUCUAUUUAAUGACAUGAGUCAGGUUUUCCAGAGCAACCCCAAUGGUAAGCCUACACGACCUACACGCAUUACAGUAAAGUGUGACUUAACCUACUUUUGUAAUUUCAGUAAGAGCAUUGUGUUUCAGACGUCUAACAAUCUAAAUUCUAAUUCUUGUUCAAAUCAGAAGGAUGUAAAAUUGGUGUUUUCAAAAUGUUCAUUUACCGCAAGCGCUUUGGAUGUUGGCGUUACUUUAAACCGGGAAUUCCCCAAUACGUUUUGAUAUAACCUACGUGUCAUGCCUACAGGGGGUGGUUAUUUGUCUGCUGACAGCUUUACUCUUCUUCUUAAUAGGCGGGACUUUCGUGCUUCCCGGCAAACCUCGAGCACAUUAACUCACCUGUGUUCAGGUAGCCCAAGGGGUGGGGGAUGAUGACAUCACUUAGAUCCUUUUAAAUAGGCAUUUGCCGGCAGUUGUGUUACUUUUAGUCCACAAGCUUUCUGUUCCUCAAUAACUUUUUUAUAAAGCUUUAGCACGUGAGCUCUAGUAUGAAUUUGAAAGUUUAAUAACGCAUUAAACGUGGAUCUUGAGGCGGACACUGAAGCGUCUUCUUUCAAAUACUUGAACGGGUUUUUUAAGAAGUUUGCAGUUGACAGGAGUGUAAUUUAUGGCAGCAUCAAAUCGCAUUGGACGAGGGAGAUCUCAGCUUCCAACAUGCUAUUACGAAGGAUUUCUGGAAAAGAAAUCGAUCAAAGACAAGAUGGGUCGUAAACUCUGGACUAGUUUAUGUGGCAAUGUACUCUUUUUCUACAAUAACACCAAAGACAAUGUUUAUAUAGAGAAGCUGGAUCUCUCUGAUCUUGUCUCUGUGAAUGAUGACCGCUGUCGUGACCGAAACCUGGAUGCUGCUAGAUUCACGCUGCACAUGAAAAAUGAAGACAUCAAGAUGAUUGCCCCUAGCCUUGAGGCCCGAGAACUGUGGAAAGGCUUCAUGCUCUCAGUUUCUAAGCUGUCUGUGCCGAGUUCUUUGAACCUGCUGCCUGGUCAGAUUCACAUGAUGAGGGAAAUAAUAGAGAAAGAGAAAAUAAGGCAGCGACUUCUUUCAUCUCCUCCACCUCCCUUAGUUACUGUACAGUCAGACAUGCCUCCGUGUUAUCAUAAUGUUACUCGUGUCGAAGCUGAAUACUUGUUGGAAAGGAACAGUGUUCGGGGAAACUUACUGCUGCGGCCUGGUCAUGAUGGGACAUCUUUUGCCCUCACUACAUGCCAAGAUAUUAACGGCAGACCAGUAUUCAAACAUUAUCGUGUGUCUCGGAGCCAUGAAGGAGGAUUCACCAUUGCCCUUGAGACUCCUAUCACCUGUGAGACCCUGCAUGAUGUCGUUAACUGCAUGCUGAAGAAGUCCAAUGGAGUUUAUGUGCCUCUUCUGAUGGAGGAACACUAUGAGAAAAGUAUCACAUUUAUUGAGACCAACAAGGAGAAUGGUGAGAGAAAUGUGCUUUGUCCCAAAGCACCUUCGCCUACUCCUCCAGUGCCUCCCCCAAAACCAGCAUUUGUCGAGACCAAACAUGAAAAUGGUGAGACAAGUGUACAUCUUCCCAGAUGCCCUUCGCCUACUCCUCUGCCACCCCCAAAACCAGUACCAAGGAAUCAAACAUCCCAGUCAGAAACAAACACACAUGAAACAACCUACAUCAACGUGUCAAAUGCUGGGGAGUAUGAGAUGGAUCAGACGGCAUGUCCUCCACCUCCUGUCCUGCCACGUCUUCAAGCUGGUGAAAAAAAGAUUUUGGUACCUCCUGGCUACUGUAAAACAACUUCCCAAAGGAACGGUUUGUCAAGAGUGCCUAAGAAUAUUCCAAAGUGUGAGCAGAAACAUGUUGACAUAAGUGAGCUCCUAGAGGUUCUUAAUAGGAGACGAAACCAGGAAUAAACGUAAUCUCUCUAAGAUGAUGAUGAUGAUGAUGGUUUCAUUGUGGAAUGAGGAAUAAUUCCUUAGUAUUAAGCUAUUCUUAAAUUUAUACCAGCAGAUAUAUGGAUAUACAGCUUUACUCGCCAGGACACUGAAUCUGUGAUAUUUGUUCACUGAUGUUCCCUUGAAUCUAGAGAUUGAUUGAUUGAUUGAUCACAAUCAUUUAUUAGACCAACAUAUCAAUCAUCAUGUGUCAUGUUGCAUAGCUGUUGACUGUAAAUCACUACUGCUGUUUGUGUAGUUGAUCUCAUUGACCUCAUUUAUCAUUUAUUAAGUUAUUCAGAUGGGAAGUCAAGUUUAAAUAUUGUCUUGAAUUCCUUUGUGUCAUAUAGCUGGUCUAUGUCUCUCUUCUCUAUCUCUGAUCAUAAAAUAUCAGUCUUGCUAUAAUAGUCACAAAUGGAUGUUGAUAAUAUGUUGAUCUAUAGUGUGACUUUACUAUGUGGGGAAGUUGCAGGUCUUCUUUCUCCAACAAAUGUUGUUUUUCUGUUCCUGUUAAAACAUGUUUUAUACUAUAUAUUUUGAGAACAAUACAUUGAUCAUGAAAAAUGCGUA